AUGUACUUAAUUGCUAUACUCCGUCCUUAUCAUCGAAAGGUAUGGAAAUCAGGCCAAGAAGGAGACCGCUUGAAACUUGCUGACCGGAAAAACGAGCUGCUAGUUCAAUAUUUUGAAAAGUGUGACAAGAAGGGAAAGAUAAGGGAAGGACCAUCGCUGUGCGACUAUAAGUUUAACAACGAUCGGGAAUUGUACACGAACGACGGAGUACAUUUCUCGUCAAAGGGGUAUAAACUGUUAGCGGCACUCACCUUGGAAGCAAUCAACACCGUCUUGACUAAAGUGGAAUUUGAUAGUGUUAGGAAUGAGCUGUACGGCCGCCACGAAACGGAGCGCCGGGACUCUCUUCUGGGCGGAGUAAGAGCCGAGAGUAAGGAAGAGGCGAAAGUGCUUGACUUAGACUCCAACUCCGACGCAGAUAGUGACACAGAAUUACAUACUAGCAAGGAUAAGUAAUCGGUGCUUAAGAUAUACAGCAAUAUAUAUAUAUAUAUAUAUAUA